ACAGUUCAGGUGCUGAAAAUAUCCACCAGUAACCAGCAGGAGUCACGCGCCCACAAGCUGGGAGGGAAAAGUUGUCGUAAAAAAGCCCAAAAAUCUCAAAGCGGAAGUGAUGACCGAAGGGAGGUAGGAAGAAAGCCUGGCAGAAGUUCACGGCGGAGCUCCGGGAUGAAACGGUGAAACUUUUAAAAAGUUUUGAGUGUUUAAAAAAAACAACAAAAAAGCGAAGUUCACCUUUGAGGGACAAUGGGACUCCCCACUUUGGAGUUCAGCGACUCUUUCCUGGACAGCCCGGACUUCAGAGAGCGCCUAAAAUGUCACGAAAUCGGGCUGGAAAGGACCAAUAAGUUCAUCAAGGAGCUUAUUAAGGAUGGAAAUCUGCUCAUCACCGCGCUCAAGAGUCUUUCUGCAGCUGUCCAGAAGUUCUCCCAGUCUUUGCAGGAGUUCCAGUUUGAAUGCAUCGGUGACUCAGAGACAGAUGAUGAGGUGAACAUUGCGCAAUCAUUCAAAGAGUUUUCCCAACUGCUGAACACUGUCGAGGAGGAACGAAGGCGCUUGAUUCAGAAUGCAGACGAUGUCCUGAUCACUCCUUUGGAGAAAUUUCGGAAAGACCAAAUUGGAGCAGCGAAAGAGGUGAAGAAGAAAUUUGAUAAAGAGACAGAGAAAUACUACUCCACGCUUGAGAGGCAUCUCAACCUGUCAUCCAAAAAGAAGGAGGCAUAUCUGCAGGAGGCUGACGCUCAGAUUGAUAAGGAGAGACAACUCUUUUACGACGCGUCCCUUGAGUAUGUCUUCAAAAUACAAGAAGUGCAAGAAAAGAAGAAAUUUGAGUUUGUAGAACCGCUCCUGGCCUUUCUCCAGGGUUUGUUUACAUUCUACCAUGAAGGAUAUGAGCUGGCUGAGGAGUUUGAGCCGUACAAACAGCAGCUCCAGUUCAACCUACAGAACACACGCAACAACUUUGUGAGCACCAAGCAGGAAGUAGAGAAGCUGAUGGAGAGGAUAAGGUCUGCAGAUCAGGACUACAAACCUCCAGGCCAGUGGACGAUGGAGGGCUUCCUGUAUGUGCAGGAGAAACGCCCCCUGGGAUGCACUUGGACGCGUCACUACUGCACUUACGAGAAAGGCAGCAAGACCUUCACCAUGAGCAACACCGAGAACAAGUCUGCUGGGAAACAGAAUGGCCUUGUCCUGAAUCAACCCGAGAUGUACAAGCUCAAGUCCUGCAUUCGCCGAAAAACCGACUCAAUCGACAAACGUUUCUGCUUUGAUAUUGAGGUGGCAGAAAGAAAUGACAUCUAUCGUGGAACUCUUUUCCGGCCCCUUCAGUUUUUCUGUAAAGUCCGGCACGGCGUCAUAACACUACAGGCGCUAUCCGAGUCCAACAGAAGAUUAUGGCUUGAGGCCAUGGAUGGCAAGGAGCCGAUUUACAACCUACCAGCUAUAUUGAGCAAAAAGGAGGAGACUUAUCUUAAUGAGGCCGGUUUCAACUUUGUGAGGAAAUGCAUUAGCCUGGUGGAGAGAAGAGGCAUAAACACAAUGGGUCUGUACAGAAUUGGAGGGGUCAACUCUAAAGUACAGAAGCUGAUGAGUACAUUUUUCUCAUCAAAGGCACCUGUGGAUAUGGACCUGGAUCCAGAGAUGUGGGACAACAAAACCAUCACCAGCGGCUUGAAGAAUUACCUCAGGUGUCUCUCUGAGCCUCUGAUGACUUUCAAGCUCCAUAAAGAUUUCAUCUUGGCUGUCAAGUCCGAUGACCAGAAUUACAGGGUGUGUGCCGUCCACGCCUUGGUUCACAAGCUGCCUGAGAAGAACAAGGAAAUGCUGGAGUUGUUAAUAAAACACCUUGUCACGGUUUCUGCACAAAACGAGUCCAACCUGAUGACGGUGUCCAACCUGGGCGUCAUCUUUGGGCCCACUCUGAUGAGAUCACAGGAGGAAACCGUAGCGGCCAUGAUGAACAUCAAGUUCCAGAACAUCGUGGUGGAAAUACUUAUUGACAACUUCAACAAGAUAUUCCACCAGCCUCCAGACCCCAACGUGCCCCUGCCACAGCCGCAGAGCCGGACCGGUUCCCGCAGGAGCCGAGCCAUCUGUCUGUCCAAAGGCCCCCGAAAGCCCCGCAGCAUCUACACCCCGACUCUGUGCCUGGCAGAUGCAGAAAGUCCCUGCAUAGGCGACACCUUUAGCAGCAGCCCCAGCAGCACCCCAAUGGGCAGCAUGGAGUCUCUGUCAUCCCACUCCUCAGAGCAGAACACCUCCUCCAAGGCGGCGUCCCCGGGUCAGAGGACAGGUCAGGACAAAUCGCUCACAGUCAUCAGUCGGGCGCCGCCGCAGCUCUUUAACGGCCCGCGGAGCGCUGCAUGGAUCAGCAGCCCCGAAUCCAGCUCCAAGGAGGAGACGGGCCGGACGGACGGCGAGUCGGAGGACGCUCUCAGCGUGUCCACCCCGAAAAUGACUCUUGCACCUAAAAAAGCCCCCCACUCCCACCCUGACUCCAAACUGACAGCGAUGAGCCGCUCUGCCUCUCCUUCACUGAAAUCCCUGCUGGCAUCUGAUGCUCAAGGCCAGAGGAGCAGCGCCGGCUCUGUGCAGAGUUUAUCCACACAGGAGUCCAGAGAGAAUCUCAAACCUCCUCUCAACCCAGACCUCCCACCCAAACAAGUCAUCCGCCGCCGAAUGGAUACCACAGUCGGCAACGGCUACCAGAGGCCCGGCUCUGUGGUUGCCGCGCGAGCGCUGCUGUUUGAAAACUCCUCCUCCUCUCAGUCUGCUCCAAUUGGAAGGGAGGCCAAGGCUAUGUAUUCAUGUGAGGCAGAGCACAGCAAUGAGCUCAGCUUCCCCCAGGGGGCACACUUCUCAAAUGUCUACCCCUCUGUUGAACCAGGCUGGCUCCAAGCAACCUACGAGGGAAAAACGGGUUUGAUCCCAGAGAAUUAUGUUGUUUUCCUGUAACACAACAAAACUUGCCCUUUUUAAAAAAAAUUCAUGGCAUCCAUGGGGAAAAAACAAACACCUUUUUCUAAUUUUGUUAUUGAUUCUAUAAAUAAUAACUGUUUCUUGCAUUUAAAGUAGCUAUUAAUCAGACAUACCUCUUAAAUGAAUCUACAUUAGUAGUUAAUGUAAAUAGAUGAGCGUAGGACUUCACUGAAGCUUAGACCUACAGAUUCACAGAUAAAAAAUGAUUUUUUUUCCAUAAAAUGCUGAUUUUUGUUUUGUUUUUUGUAUUAUCAUUAAAAAAAAAACGAGCUGUGAUUUCAAACACGGAUGUAAUCUUAACUAAAGUGGAACCAGAAUAGGUUUGCACCUUAAAGUUUAUAAACCUGCUCGCAGCUCAGAUCAGUUUCUAUGAUAAAUCCUGUAACUUACUGUUUGAAGUGCACUGUCACAUCAGAUAUAUGCUAAAAGUGUUCUUCUUUUAUGAAUGAAAGAUUCCUAAAUGUGCUUUUUCUUGUCUUUGGUACACUGGUGUAUCAUUUUAUGAAGAUUUCUAUCUUAAUUUACAUUAUUUUAAUCACAAACGGUUUGUUUUUAAAAAAGAAAUUCCAACUUUUUAGAUGUCUGGAAAAACAAAAGAAGCAUUUUUUUUUCCCUCUUCACUUAUUACAAACUGAAAGCAAACUCCACAGAGUUAAACUUUCUCCGGGGGCCCAAAAUGCAUCUGGGAGUGCGUCUGACAUCUGGACGUUGCCAAGAUCAGGGUGUUCUUUUCCAUUUAUGUUUCUGAGAAUGUGAGGCGACCUUGAACAGCGACGCUGGACCAACACUCCCUUACAGUCUGAAUUCUUCAGGGCAUGUCACGGAAAUCAUAUUUAUUUCCUGAAUAUGUCAAAUUUGGCUUCGUUUCUUUCCUCUUUUUUUGUGGUGUUUGUAUAAACAAAAGGCUGUUCUGCAUCAUCUACUGUAUUACCACAGGAGGAAGUUGAGAAAUAAACAGUGAUUUGUUAUAA